CAUCCUAUACGCCGUCGCCCGCCCGGCUGCUUCUCGUUCCAUUCGUCUUCGUCUUGCCUCCCUCCGGCAGCCUCCGACGACCCUCCUCUCCUCGCCUGCGAUGACCUCGACGCCGGGGAGCUUCGGCGGAACGCUGGCGGCUAACUCUGGGCCGGUCGCGCUCUCGUUCCCGACCACCUCCUUCGCCAACUUCCUAGGCGGCGGUGGCUCCUCAGCUUCUAGCAGCGGAGCGGCGGACAACGGGGGAGUCGGGCUGUCCAAGUUCAAGGCCAUGACCCCGCCUUCCCUCCCGCUGUCGUCGUCGCACCCGCCGGCGUCGCCGGCGUCGUACCUCCACGCCUUCUCCGGCAUCCUCGACUCGCCGAUCCUCCUCACUCCCAGCCUAUUCCCGUCGCCGACGACGGGCGCGAUCCCGUCAGAGCCCUUCAACUGGAUGGGGACGUCGGAGAGCCUAAGCGGCAGCGUAAAGACCGAGCAGCAGCAGUACACCGACUUCACGUUCCAGACGGCGGCGUCCGCACCGCCGGCGACGUCGACGUCGACGAUGACCGGUGCCUCGCACUCGGCGUCCUAUCUGCAGUCAUCAGUGCUGAUGGCGCCGUUGGGACGAGUAGGAGACUCGUACAACGGCGGCGAGUUGCAGCAGCAGCAGCAGCAGCCGCCAUGGGCCUACCAGGAACCGUGUACGCAAUUCGAGGCGCCGGCGGCGGCGCAGCCUGACAACAGCAUGCUCGGGAACGGCGGCUACGGCGGGGCUCCCGGGCCGGCGGUAUCCGGCUGCUUCCGCGAGCAGAGCCAGAGCAACCGGCCGUCGUCGGACGACGGGUACAACUGGCGCAAGUACGGGCAGAAGAAUAUGAAGGGGAGCGAGAACCCGCGCAGCUACUACAAGUGCAGCUUCCCGGGCUGCCCCACCAAGAAGAAGGUGGAGCGGUCGCCGGACGGGCAGGUCACGGAGAUCGUGUACAAGGGCGCGCACAACCACCCGAAGCCGCAGAGCACCCGCCGGAGCGCAAGCUCGGCGCCGGCGCCGGCGUCGCACGUGCUGCAGAGCGUCGGCGACGCCGUGCCCGAGCAUUCCUUCGGCGCGCUGUCCGGCACACCCGUGGCGACGCCCGAGAACUCGUCGGGGUCAUUCGGCGGCGACGACGAGAUCAACGGCGUCAGCUCGCGGCUGGCCGGUAACUUCGCCGGCGCCGACGAUCUCGACGACGAUGAACCCGACUCCAAGAGAUGGAGGAAAGAUGGUGGCGACGGCGACGGAGGGGUCUCGUUGUCCGGCAACAACCGGACGGUGCGGGAGCCGAGGGUCGUCGUGCAAACGAUGAGCGACAUCGACGUCCUCGACGACGGCUACCGGUGGCGCAAGUACGGGCAGAAGGUCGUCAAGGGCAACCCGAACCCGAGGAGCUACUACAAGUGCACGACUGCAGGGUGCCCAGUGCGGAAGCACGUGGAGCGUGCGUGCCACGACACGCGCGCGGUGGUCACCACGUACGAGGGCAAGCACAACCACGACGUGCCGCCGGCGCGCGGCAGCAGCGCCUCGCUCUACCACCGCGCCGCGCUGGCGGCGCAUCAGAUGCCGCAGCAGGCCGGCGGCGGGAGCUGCUACCAGCAGCAGCAGCAGCAUGGCGGCCUCGUCCGGACCGCCGAUGGGUUCGGCUUCGGGGCCAGCGGCGGCCUGCACGGCGGCGCGCCGAUGAUGCAGGCCGCGGAGAGCGGCUUCGCCUUGUCCGGGUUCGGCCACCCGGCGGGCACGGCGGCGUACUCUUACACGAGCCACCAGCAGCAGCAGACGACGACGACGAACGAGGCGAUGUACUACGCCAAGGACGAGCCACGAGACGACAUGUUUUUUGAGCAGCCGCUCCUGUUCUGACCGGAUGAACCACACUCACUGCCGCAUCGAUUGGCAGGACAUGCUCGCACUACUUGUGAUUCUUUUUUGACUCGACACAGAUUAUGUACACAAUCUAUAGUGGUUUUGUUGAUUUGUUUGGAGGCCCCAACUUUGCGGGCAUCAUCUGUAGACAGCCAGGGUAGCCUUCUGUAACAUGUACAAGAAACGUAGGACACAUCACAUUAUUGCUGUAUAGUAGGAAGUAAGGCCAUGGGGAAAUGGUUUUUCAGCAGUUUGACUGCAUUUUUUUUUCAAAAGGAAAUUGUUGUAAGUGCUUAGAUCUUAAUCGAUAAAGUGUUCAGUUCAUGUA